GUGCCAAGUUAGGCCCAGGGCCACCAUUGGUGGGAUCCAGAAAGCUCUUUGAUUGCAGGUGAACUAUAAAUCCCAGUAUGUACAACUCCCAAAUGCCAAGGCUAACUCCCUCCAAAUCCCUUCAGUAUGUUCUGUUGGUCAUGGGGAUUCUGUGUGCCAAAUGUGGUCCAGGUCCAUUGUCGGUGGGGGUCACAGUGCUGUGUCUUGAUGCAGGGUGAACUACAAGGUCCAUCAUGUGGAGUCAGUCCCCCAAACCCCUCCAGUAUGUUAAGUUGCUGCUCAGUUCCACUCUGUUUGUUAUGCAGACAGAGUUGAAAAGAGUAGGAAAGGGUUAAGGGAGAUGCAGUGGGUGGGGUCAUGCAAAUUCCACACCAAGGGAGAAAGGAACACUGGGAUGUGGUGCUCACUAUAACUGUAAUGUCAUUGGAAGAAGGGCCAUUGGUGUCUCCUGGGGCGGGUGAGCUAUAGCUGCUUUCGGAGGAAAGAACGUGUUGUUUCUGACCUCGAGAUUGGAAGCUGUAAAGGAACCGUUUGUUGUUGUCCUUCCUUCCACCAGCAAAGGCUUCUCGAUUUGGAAUUGCCCAGGAAGCCAACCAUGUCCCAGCCGGGCUUUGCUUGCCAGCCUCCCCUGGAUGUCGAAACAGAUGAUUGUCUCCAGGAAUAUACUUACCUCUUCAACCCUGACAUCCUCAAGGGCAAAGUCGCAUUCAUCACCGGAGGCGGCUCAGGCAUCGGCUUCCGCAUUGCUGAGAUCCUCAUGAGGCAUGGUUGCCAAACUGUGAUUGCCAGCAGAAACCUCCAGAGAGUGACAGAGGCUGCCAAGAAACUGUCUUCAGCCACGGGCCAGAAAUGCCUGCCUUUGACCCUGGAUGUCCGGCAACCUCAAGCCAUCAUGGCCGCCGUGGAUGAGGCCCUGAAGCAGUUUGAGAAAGUUGAUAUCCUGGUUAACAAUGCUGCGGGCAACUUCCUCUGUCCGGCCAGCGCUCUGUCUUUCAACGGUUACAAAACAGUGAUUGAGAUCGACACCUUGGGAACGUUCAACGUCUCCAAAGUCCUGUAUGAAAAGUGCCUCCGCGCCCAUGGAGGGGUGAUUGUAAACAUCACGGCGACGCUCAGUUACAAAGGGCAGGCCCUCCAAAUGCAUGCCGGCACAGCUAAGGCAGCCAUAGAUGCAAUGACAAAACACCUGGCGGUGGAAUGGGGCCCAGAUGGCAUCCGAGUGAACAGCAUUGCUCCUGGUCCCAUUUUGGGCACGGAGGGGAUGCGCCGCUUAGCCUCCCCUCGGGCAGACAGCAGCAACAUUUACCAAGAGAUCCCUCUCCAGCGGGCCGGAAACAAGACUGAGAUCGCCCACAGUGUGUUGUACCUGGCCAGCCCCUUGUCCUCAUACGUGACCGGCACGACUCUGGUGGUGGAUGGUGGCAGCUGGAUGACAACCCGGAAUGACUUCCCCGCACUGUUGGAUUUUUGGACUACGGAAUUGAAAAGAGAUAAAUGAAAGACCAUCCUGGAAAAGACCCUCCGACUUCAAAGCAGGGCCAAGAUGGGGAAUCACAAACCUGACUUCGCUGCUACGUAGCUUUGGACCAAACUGGCAACAGAAGUAUUUCAGAUCUUGAUAUCGUAGUGAUAUCAAGUCAGGAAAGCCAGAACACAUUUGGGAACCAAACCCAAAAAUCUCACAGUGAUUCAGAAUUACUUGGCUGCUUUCUCUCCUUAUUGGCCCAUCGCUUUCCCAGCUCGUUGUCGUCCAACACUCUCCAUAGCAGGCAUGGGCCAACUUUGGUAGGCUGGUAGGAAUUGUGGGAGUUGGAGUCCAAAACACCUGGAGGGAGGGCCGAAGUUGACCCAUGCCUGCUCCAUAGAGGCUCACCUGUUCAAUGUGACUUCGGAUAUUUUGAAAAAGGCCUUCCUUGGACCUAAAUAGUUUUGGGAGGAAAUAGCAAAACAUGGUAGAAAUGUGUUGCCGAAGGCUUUCAUGGCUGGAACUACUGGGUUGCUGUAAGUUUUCUGGGCUGUCUGGGCAAACUCCAGAAGCAUUCUGUCCUGACGUUUCGCUUUCAUCUAUGGCAAGCAUCCUCAGAGGUUGUGAGGUCUGUUGGAAUCUAGGCAAGUGAGGUUUAUAUGUCUGUGGAAUUAUGUCCAGGAUGAGAGAAAGAACUCUUGUCUGUUGGAGGCAAGUGUGAAUGGUGUAAUUGACCAGCUUGAUAAGCAUUGAGUAGCCUUGCAGCUUCAAAGCCUGGCUGCACCCUGCCUGGGGGAAUCCUUUGUUGGGAGCUGUUAGCUGGCCUAAUUGGCCCUGACCAUGUCAGACUAGACAGUGGAGUCAUUAAAAUCCACAAGCAUAUAGACAAUUUCAACAGAAAAGAGGAAACCAUGAAAAUGAACAAAAUCUGGCUAAAAAAACUGUGCAUAUGAAAAAAAAACUCUAAAAUCAGAACAAUAAAUAAAGAGCAAUACUCAGAAAACAGGGCCAUUUGCCUAGUUUCCAACAGAUCUCACAACCUCUGAGGAUGCCUACCAUAGAUGUGGGCAAAAUGUCAGGAGAGAAUGCUUCUAGAACAUAACGAGACAGCCCGGAAAACUCACCACAACCCAUGGCAGAAAUGCUCACAAGAGACCUAGAAAGCAUUUGAGGGCAAGCGAUUGAUCUUUUGGUGUAACUGCACUUUACCCAGCUCUUGCUUUGAGAUUCUGCAGCCUAGCAAUGCAUUCCCAGACCUGAGAUUCGACAUUUACAGUCUGUUAUAUUAUCAACUCCUGAGGUUUUUGCUACCAUAUGAUACAAAAGCAAUGUCUGGUAAAGUGUUUUCCAAAAGACAGGGUGAAAACCAGAGCAGCAUCCCGAUGCUGAUGUGGGAAAAUAAAUAUGUUUUAACUUAGGGUUAGUUUAUUAUACUUACUCAAAUUCCAUUUUAUUUUCUGUUUGCCUUACCUGCACCAUUUGCUACUGGAGCCUUUUUUUGUUUCGUUUUGUUUUAUUGCGAGGAAAGAAAUGUCUUGUUUCGUAUUGACUGAUCCAGACUGACUUUUCCUAUAUCUAAUCGUCAUGAUUCUGGGCCAAACAGGGUGAUUCUGCACUUUUCCCCCACAAUGCGCUCCUUGAAAUAAAUUCUACAAAUUUCUGUCUUAGAAAAGAGCAAAUUUCCAUUUGGAAUCCUUGUUUUGGGAGAAAAUUUAUGGCUUUAAUAUUGGUCCAUUUCCAAGGCGAGAAACCUCAGGUUCACCUUCUAUUUUGAAUGCUGGUUCACCAGCAUUCGAGUACCAUAAUAAUAAUAAUAAUAAUAAUAAUAAUAAUAAUAAUAAUAAUAAUAAUAUCUGUACUGGUGGUCCCAGUGGUAAUUGGCACACUGGGUGCCGUGCCAAAAGAUCUCAGCCGGCAUUUGGAAACAAUAAACAUUGACAAAAUCACAAUCUGUCAACUGCAAGAGGCCACCUUCCUUGGAUCUGAGCACAUCAUUCGAAAAUACAUUUCACAGUCCUAAACGCUUGGGAAGUGUUCAACUUGUGAUUUUGUGAUACGAAAUCCAGCAUAUAUAUCUCAUUUGCUGUGUCAUACUGUGUUUUUGUGUCAGUAAAAUAAUAAUUGUAUUUCUUACCCACCUCUCCUUGUGGCUCGAGGCAGGUUACAGAAUAAUUAAAACACAUAAACAUGAUAACAAUUCAACAAAUACACAUAUUAAAACGUAUUUCUAUAAAAUCCAUAUUAAAAUACACAGAACAGAUUUAUCAUGUCAGAGGCAAAUUGAGGGUACAGUUAAAAUGUAUUUAAAACACAAAGUUAAAAACUUGGCAUUAUACUAAAUGUUCUUUGACCAGUAUCUGGCCACUUGGAGUGCCUCUGGUGUUGCUGUGAUAAGGUCCGCCAUUGUGCAUGUGGCAGGGCUCAGGUUGCAUUGUAAUAGGUGGUCUGUGGUUUGCUCUCCACACUCAUAUGUCAUGAAAUUUACUUUGAAGCCCCAUUUCUUAAGGUUGUCUAUACAGCUCGUCAUGCCAGAGCGCAGUCUGUUCAGCACCUUCCAAGUCUCCCAGUCUUCUGUGUGCCCAGGGGGGAGUCUCUCAUUUGGUGUCAGCCGUGGAUUGAGGUUUCAGGUUUUAGCCUGCCACUUUUGGACUCUCACUUGAUGAGGUGUUCCUGCAAGUAUCUCUGUAGAUGUUAGAAAGCUCUUUCUUGAUUUAAGGUGUUGGCGUGCUGGAUGAUAUCUGAACACAGAAUGAGCCGGAGAUGUCACUGCCUUGGUCCUUUCAUUAUUGGCUGCUUCUUCCCAGCAGGUGGUGCAAUACUGGCCAUUUCUCCAGAGAUUAAAACAAACAACACGAGUUUAAAAUUCAUGCUCAAAACUUCUUCUAGCCUAAAAAGAGACACAAAACAGCCAACACUAAAAACUAUACAAUAUAUAAUUGAAUACCUUUACAAAACCAUACAAAUAUUAACAGGAUUUAUCAUUGAAAGUAUUAAGAAUAAACAGUUUCUGUUAUCUCCCAUCAAUGAUUGGAGAAAACGGGAUAUUUCAAGAUAGACAAACUACGCUGCAUAUAGCAGAAGGGUUAUUUGCAAACAGUGGAAGGAAUUAUGUGAGAACUCACUGUUGUUACCAUUUAUUUAUAUGAGUAAAAUACCAUCAAAAUAGCAUGAUUGCUGUGUGCCUUCAAGCCAUUUCCAUCCUAAGGUGACCCUGUCCCAAUGACUACUUUUAAUACACAUUCUCUAUGAAGGCCAUUGCUUUUUAUAAGACCUACCAGAAGAAUGCAAAAAACAUGAGUUUUCAGGAUUCCCAGAUCUCUUGGUUGGCUAGAUGUUACAAAAAGGAGAAGAAACCUUGUUGAAGGAAGUUGUCCUGAAAUGCAGAUAUGCUCCAUCCACGGCGUCCGCUGUAUCUACCCAGCUUAUAACUCUAUCAAAAAAAGUUAUCAGGUUAGUCUGGCAUGACUUGUUUUUAAUAAAUCCAUGUUGACUAUUUCA